CUCGCUCCAGCACCGGUGUAUCCGAUGGCACUGGCGUUUCUCCGGUGGAUCUUUAGGCUCCUGACGGUCCUGAUCGUCUCUAACAGUGUGUGUGUGAUAUUAUAUUACACACCUGACACACACUCAUCCAGAGAGGCGAUGAAGGACGCGAUCCAGCGGCUGCGCUGCGCUAAUCUCAGACGCAAGUUCUCCGUCAUCACGUCCGUCGAGAGACUAAACAUGGAGAGUUUCACCGAGGAACUCAACGAUUUCUUAAAGUGUCCGUACAAACUGAACAUGACCGAGCAGGAGAUAAACAGAAUGAGGCUGCAGUUUUGCUGUAACGCCACAGGAUCGUUAUUCCUCACCAAACGAAACACAGCCAUCAAUCAGACCAUCCCGUAUGAGACGAGCACAAAACACACAUACAAAAUGAAUGCAGCCAUUCACAGCAUGCUGCCUGAGGAUUUCCCCUGGAGCGGUCGUCGUCUGGGUCGGUGUGCUGUGGUCGGCAGCGGUGGGAUUCUGAAGAACAGCAGCUGUGGACGUGAGAUUGACAGCGCAGACUUCGUCAUACGGUUUAAUUUGGCUUAUAUUAAUGACAGUGAUGUUGGGCUGAAGACGGAUCUGGUGACCAUCAACCCCAGUCAGAUUCGGAGAGAAUAUAUAAACCUGGAGCAGAAUCCGGAUCCGUUGGUGGAGCGGGUCAGUGUGUACGGAAACGCAUCCCUCGCCAUGCCCGCCUUCGCCUACACCUUCUGCACUGAACAGUCAAUCAAAACUCUCAAGGUCCUCCAUCCAAUCAGACCUCAGCAGCCGGUGGUGUUCUUCAGCCCCAUUUACCUUCGAACAUUGGACCGUUUCUGGAAGGGGCGUGGCCUGAAGUCGAUCCGCCUCUCCUCUGGGUUUAUGUUAAUUAACACGGCGCUGGAACUGUGUGAGCAUGUGCAUGUUUACGGAUUCUGGCCGUUUGGAACCGACCUGCAGAACAAUUCCAUUCCGUAUCAUUAUUAUGACGAGUUGAAACCGCAUCCUUACAUGCACAAGAUGCCGGCGGAGUUUGUGCGGCUUCUGCAGCUCCACAGCCAGGGGGCGCUAACACUGCACCUGCAGCCCUGCUCCUCAGACGCGCGCUUAUAAAGUGUGCUGCUUGUGUCCGAGAACCAUACUGGACAUGAGUGCACUCCAGUAAUGCACGGCAAUAUGUGAACAACCGGCUAGAAAAUACCGUGUGAGGGUCAUGCUGCAUAUCGGCUGAGAAUGGUGUUCACGCUUCUGCCGAACUCAGUGUCUGAAUUUACUCACUCAGGGAAACGCUUAACUUGAAAAACGCUUAACGUGGUUUAAUGCAUUAAAACUGUUUUUAAGGACAAAAUUCAGUAAACACACUAUUAAUAAAGCAUACAGACAAGCACAUAUGAGCCAUAACCAGUGUUGGGCAGUAACUAGUUACUAGUAACUUAUUGUAAUAUUAUUACUUUUUGCAGUAACUAGUAGUGUAACUAAUUACUAAUAAGAUUUCAGUAAUAAUAUUACAGUUACCAUCAGGGAUGUGCACAGACAUUUUGAGGGGCAGGGGCUCAAGUGGAAAAAAAGGGCACUUCUCAUAUUUAUUAAAUUUUUUUUUUUCUAAACAAAACGUUAAAUAUAUUAGGGGUGUGCUGGGUGUGUUAUUGUGCUGAUAUCUUAAGGACUACUGUGGACAGCUGACUCCUAAAGUUUUUGAUAUUCUGCAUAUUCUGUGGUGAUCAGUUGACAGCAGUGAUAGAAAUUAAUCUUUUCCAAUCAGUUUAAAUAUAUUUUUUACGUUUUAUGGGCAUUUUUACCUUUAUAAAGCCCUGCACGAGUGUGCAUCAUAUUUUCAGUCAAAUUCUUCAAUUGAAUCAGUCAAUUAGAAUAAGUCAUUAAGCUGCAUUAGAAGUGGCAUUUAGAUGCAUUUACACACUGUUUAAUGCAGGACAUGAAUGCAUUUAACCUGCAGUUACAAAUGCAUUAAUACUGUUUUGAUAUUUUAAACAUAAAACGUUGAACACUGAUAUUUGAAAUUAUAAAAAAAAAAAAAAGUUACUUUAAAUGUGAAAUUAAAACUGCCAGCAGGUGGCAGCAAGUCACUGUUAAUAAGUGAGUCAUUGCGACUGAACCGAAUCAUUUAGACGGUUGAUUCAUUCAGGAGCAAAACAGAUGUUGCUCAGAGACGCAAAUUGAAAUUAUAUUUGUUGGCGAAAUAGAGCAAAAACAGUUAAAAUUGUGUCUAAAACGUAAGUGUGUUCUUAUUAAAUUCUUGUUUAUUGAACUGCUGUAUAAAAUCAAUAUCACAUUUGUAAUCAUGUUGCUUUUUGGUGGAAAAACAAAACCUCAGUCUUUGCGUGAUACUGAUUAACUAUAUGAAAUUGUAUAAAUACAUACAUUUCUGCCCCCAUA